UCUGAUGCGUACCAGAUCAAAGAAUGAUGCUGAAGUUGAUUCAAUCAAAAAUGAGAACGCGAGACAGUCUCCGAUUUUGAAGGAAAUAACAAACAAUUUAACAAGAGACCCUCUGAAAAGAAAACUGUCCAUUUCAUGUGAUUCAAAAAUGAGCUCCAAAGGUAAACGUAAAACACGAUCAACUAGAGCUGGUAUUGAAGACGACACGGAAGUGCAUGAAGCUGCAAAAACUGUUGAGCCGAAAGCUGAACCUUGUUCCGAUGAUGAACCUUUAGGUCGCGUGUCGUCAAAAUUAGAUCUAAUUUCUAGUAAAGGUAAAGAUGACGCAAAAGUUGGGCGGAAGCGGAAAUCUCCAAAAGUUUCUAAAUUAGAGGUGAAAUCUGAACCAAUGUUAAAUGAUGAUCAGAAUGAAACCCAAAAUAGAAAAAACAGAUCUAAUGCGUCAGAAAACCAAAAAACUGAAAAUGGGAGGUUGUCACGAAAAAGUAAGAUAAACGCUGUGAAAUGCUUGGAAAAGUCAGCAAAAUUAGAAGCGAAAGCAACAAAAUCUGAGUAUUUUUCUGAUGCAGACGACGAAGAUGAAAAAAUGAUGAAAAUGGAUGAUCUGGAUUCAAUAAAUGAAUCAACCUGGGACAGUGGAACGGAUGCUCCUAAGAAAAAGAAGAAAAAAUCCUAUAAAAUCUCGAAAAAAGAUCCAGUUGAAAAUAAAAAGAGGGAGUUAUCUAAAUCAGACCAGGCGAAGACUAAAGUAAAAGCCACUACCGGUAAAAAGAAAUCGAAGAAGAGCGGAAAUUUGUCUGGUGAAGAUUCGAAUUCUGAAGAAGAGUGGGAGGAGAUCGAAGGUGUGAACAAAAAUGAAGUUAUCAACAGAUUGGCCCAGAUGAAAAGUUCACAGGAUGUCACAGUUGUAAUCGAGAAAGACAAAGAUGAGGCCUUCAGGAGUUAUGUAGGUCAAGUUUAUCGGAAAAACAGAAAACUGCAACAAAUCGGAGUGCUGAAGGCCUAUUUGAUGUGUUUCUGUGCGGCAGGCCGGUACAGAAAUGAAAUUUGUAAUUCGCCUCUGUUGCAAUCGUUAGUAUUUAGCUUAAUCCCAAAAGAACAUCAAUCGAAGCCGUUGAAAUCUUGGAAUGUCGAAUCAUUGAAAUUAUUUGAUUCUUGGUUUGGAAAAGUAUUUAAAAUUAAAGAAAAUUUGUUUGGGAAAAAUCGGGUGACAAUUGAAAGCAUGUCAGCAAACGUUGAAACUAGAAAUUGCAAUUAUUAUGCAGAAUUUGUUAUGAUCUUUGUUUGUGCUCUAAGAAGUUUGGGGUUCCAGUGCAGGUUAACUUGGAACUGUCAAAAACCGCCGGCCGUUAAGUCGAAAGGUGACUUGACCGAAUGUGAAAGGAAAGUUACUAAUCAAAUUUUAGCUGCUCGCGAUCAAAUCGAGAAGGAAAAGAAACUUCAAGAAACAAAAUGCGUCGAAUUAAAGGAAAAGUCUGAAAAAACAAAAACUGAAUCCGGUCAGAAAGAAUCAAACGAGGAUGACAGUGAAAUGGAAUCAGCAAGUGAACCUGAAAACUCCCCGGAAAUUAAUCCAGAUGACAUCGAAAAUAUGAGGGCACUCUUGAUGCAGACUGAAAACUACACCGACAGAAACAGCUUGAUAAGUAGUGAUUUAAAUAAAUGUAACGAAACCACAUCGUCUUAUUUCAAAGAAGAAAAUGUGAAAGUCGACAAAAAUUUUGCAAAGACUGGAAAGAUGAAGCCGAAAUCAAAUAAAAAAGAGGAAACUUCGAAGGUUAAAAAAGCUUCUGAUGAAGCCGAGGAAUCCGAAAUUGAUUCACAAGAUUUCGGAAUCAAUCUUUGGUGCGAAGUGUAUCUCGCUAAAGAGCAAUGUUGGAUCCCUGUCUCACCUGUUGAUAAAAUCUACAAUAAACCAUAUGUAUUAGAAAAACAAGCCCAGAAGCCAGUUUCUUAUGUGUUCAGUUUCGAUAACCAAAAUCGUAUGAAAGAUGUUACGAAACGAUAUGCGUUAAGAUGGGGAUCAGUCAACCAAAAAACCCGUUUAGACUGGAUUGAUAAACACCAAGGCAAAACAUGGUAUAGCUCAUUAUGCAAGUUAUUUGCGCCCCUGGAAAAAACUGCUGAUGCGAAAGAAGACAUUCAAAUCCAAGACCAAAUGGCAAACAUGCCGAUUCCAGGCACAGUCGCGGAAUUAAAAGACCACCCCUUGUACGUGUUGGAGCGCCAUCUGCUGAAAUUUGAAGUGCUGCACCCGAAAACAGCGCCAGUACUUGGCUACGUUCGCAACGAGCCGGUGUUUUCUAGGAAAUGUGUCAAAAUUUGUCACACAGAGCAAACGUGGAUGAAGGAAGGAAUGAGUAUAAAAGAAGGGGAGGAGGCGGUUAAAUAUGUGCGUCCCUUGAUAUCGAAGUUCAAGUUGCGGAAACUAGAAGGCCAAGAGGUUCCAAUGGUCGGACUGUUCGGCGAUUGGCAAGUUGAACUAUACAAGUCGCCUCCUGUAGUCGAUGGACGAAUCCCACGUAAUGAGUACAAUAACGUGAAUCUGUUCAAAAUGCACAUGUUGCCACCAGGAUCUGUCUAUUUAGACCUGCCAGGACUUGAUAAGGUGGCGAAAGAACUGGAUGUGGACUGUGUUCCGGCCAUGCGAGGCUGGGACUUCAGUGGCUUUCACGCGAGGCCAGUUCUGGAGGGAUUCGUUGUGUGUGCGGAAAACGAGGACCUGCUUCGAGAAUUUUGGCAGGAGAAAAGACGUGCGGCAGAAGCGAAAGUGAGAGAAACAAGGGCAAUAGGCAAUUGGAAAAAAGUCGUGAAGGCGCUGAGGAUUAAAGAGAUAAUCAGACGGAAGUACGAGUAUUCAGAAGCGAAAGACAAAGCGGCGAAUGCUGCCUCGGCUGCUAACAACCCUGAUGAUUUCGAGGAACUAUAAUUUGAUCAACUUCAGUAUUGAAAUUUGAUUUUUUUUUGAUAACCUGUGAGUCUUUUUUAUUAUUAUUUCGCAAUUUGAGUGCAAUAGGGUAUAAUGAUGCUGAUUUCAGUUUAAUU